AUGAAUGACUUGUUUGGGAUCUCCACCUUGCUGGUUGGCCUCUUCUUUGUUAUCGUCCCAACUUUAUACGCCCUUGCUACACCUGUGUUGGGCUUCCUCAGCGACACAAAGGUGAGUACAGCCACUAGCAUUGGUCAAAACCUCAGCGACACAAAGGUGAUUACAGCCACACGCAUUGGUCAAAACCUCAGCGACACAAAGGUGAGUACAGCCACUAGUAUUGGUCAAAACCUCAGCGACACAAAGGUGAGUACAGCCACUAGCAUUGGUCAAAACCUCAGCGACACAAAGGUGAGUACAGCCACUAGCAUUGGUCAAAACCUCAGCGACACAAAGGGGAUUACAGCCACACGCAUUGGUCAAAACCUCAGCGACACAAAGGGGAUUACAGCCACACGCAUUGGUCAAAACCUCAGCGACACAAAGGUGAGUACAGCCACUAGCAUUGGUCAAAACCUCAGCGACACAAAGGUGAGUACAGCCACACGCAUUGGUCAAAACCUCAGCGACACAAAGGUGAGUACAGCCACACGCAUUGUUCAUAACCUCAGCGACACAAAGGUGAGUACAGCCACACGCAUUGGUCAAAACCUCAGCGACACAAAGGUUAGUACAGCCACUUUUAUUGGUCAAAACCUCAGCGACACAAAGGUGAGUACAGCCACUAGCAUUGGUCAAAACCUCAGCGACACAAAGGUGAGUACAGCCACUAGCAUUGGUCAAAACCUCAUCGACACAAAGGUGAGUAAAGCCACUAGCAUUGGUCAAAACCUCAGCGACACAAAGGUGAGUACAGCCACUAGCAUUGGUCAAAACCUCAUCGACACAAAGGUGAGUAAAGCCACUAGCAUUGGUCAAAACCUCAGCGACACAAAGGUGAGUACAGCCACUAGCAUUGGUCAAAACCUCAGCGACACAAAGGUGAGUACAGCCACACGCAUUGGUCAAAACCUCAGCGACACAAAGGUGAGUACAGCCACUAGCAUUGGUCAAAACCUCAGCGACACAAAGGUGAGUACAGCCACUAGCAUUGGUCAAAACCUCAGCGACACAAAGGUGAGUACAGCCACACGCAUAGGUCAAAACCUCAGCGACACAAAGCGACACAAAGGUGAGUACAGCAUUGGUCAAAACCUCAGCGACACAAAGGUGAGUACAGCCACACGCAUUGGUCAAAACCUCAGCGACACGAAGGUGAGUACAGCCACUAGCAUUGGUCAAAACCUCAGCGACACAAAGGUGAGUACAGCCACACGCACUGGUCAAAACCUCAGCGACACAAAGGUGAGUACAGCCACUAGCAUUGGUCAAAACCUCAACGACACAAAGGUGAGUAUAGCCAUUAGCAUUGGUCAAAACCUCAGCGACACAAAGGUGAGUACAGCCACACGCAUUGGUCAAAACCUCAGCGACACGAAGGUGAGUACAGCCACUAGCAUUGGUCAAAACCUCAGCGACACAAAGGUGAGUACAUUCUAA